CGCAGCUCUGGGUGAUGGUGAAGAUGGCGGAUGGGGAUAGUGGGAGUGAGCGCGGUGGCAGCAGCGGAGGAGUGGUUGGAGGUAGCGGGUUUCAGCCUUUCCAGAGGGAUCAAGAGACCCAUGAGCUGGCGUCCAAGCGUCUCGACAUCCAAAACAAACGCUUCUACUUGGACGUGAAGCAAAACUCGAAGGGCAGGUUCAUCAAGAUCGCUGAGGUCGGCGCAGGGGGCUCCAAAAGUCGCCUGACACUUUCCAUGUCAGUUGCUGCGGAGUUUCGGGACUACCUGGGGGAUUUUAUUGAGCACUACGCCCAGCUCGGGCCCAGCACCCCGGAGCAAAUCGCGCAGUCGUCGGGUGGAGAGGACGGUGGGCCUAGACGGGCUCUGAAGAGCGAGUUCCUCGUGAGGGAAAACCGCAAAUACUACCUCGAUUUGAAGGAGAACCAGCGGGGUCGAUUCCUUCGGAUCCGUCAGACCGUCAACCGCGGGCCUGGUGGUUUUGGCGGCGCGGGAGGCGUGCCCGGGGGUGGCAUGCAAUCCGGGCAAACCAUUGCCCUUCCUGCUCAGGGUCUCAUCGAGUUCCGCGACGCUUUGGCCAAGUUGAUCGAUGACUACGGCGGAGACGAUGAGGAGCUGGUCGGGGGCGGUUGCGCCGGGGGUUACGGCGAGCUUCCCGAGGGCACGUCGAUCCAGGUGGACUCUAAGCGGUUCUUCUUCGACGUUGGCUCCAACAAGUACGGGGUGUUUCUGCGGGUGAGCGAGGUGAAGCCCAGUUACAGAAACUCUAUCACGAUACCCUUCAAAGCGUGGAGCAAGUUCGGCGGAGCUUUUUGCCGUUACGCCGAGGAGAUGAAAGAGAUCCAGGAUCGGCACAGAGAUAAGGUGUAUGAAAGAAGAGGGGGAGAGGAGUCGGAGGGGGACGACAUUGACGACGACUGAUGACCCGGACGGGUGUUCCGUUGCCUGGGCAACCCCGACAUGUGAGAAGCGUGCGAGAGAUAGAGAGAGGAAAGAUUUACCUGCAUGAAACGAACUUUAUUGCUCAAACUAUGGCCAAUAAAGAUGUUUGACUGAGAAACACUGUCAUGUAUAUGUAACAGAAUCCCGUUUAAAAAAGUUUAAAUGAUGUUUGGCUAGAUAAAUGGAUAUUGGAUGCUCUAGGUCUUUUAAAGUUUCACUGUUACAAGUAAAUAAUCCUCUCCGAUUUAAGUAUAAUAAGAGACUGUUCACAGAUGAGUCACCCGGGACAUUUAGGGUUAGUGUUUCAUAAUAAUAUGAUGAUAGAUAACUACUAUAGGUGUUUUUGAUGUUUAUGAAGGAGAGCCAACCAGCAUCAUCUGAAUGAUCUAGGCUAGAGAGAAUCUCAUAGUUCGCUCAUUCAGGAAGUGUUCUCUGAAAAAAAUCUAUAUAUUUGUGUGUGUAUGUAGAUAUAACAAAGUUUAAAAAGCUUAAAAUUUGCAGGUUGUAGGAGUUAAACUUGUGGACACAGAAUACAGUUCAAGCAACAAUGUAAACGCAGUCAAAAUGGUGCUAUGAAACAGUACUCCACCACUCAAGUAUUGAGGUUCAUGUGGGGUGUGACUUUUAUUUUGUUUUCCUCCGGUUUCUUGCCAGGAUUGAGCAAAUCACUCUGAUUGAACAUAGGGAUGAAUGUACGCAAUAAGUUGCUGUGGUUGAAAAGUAGAUUGGGCGAGCACAAAUUAAGCUGAAACUUUGCUCAUAUAUUGGUAAAUUUACCAUUUAAUACUGGGUUUGAUGCAAGAUUGUUUAACUGUACAUCCACGUUAGAUCCCUAGGUUCAUAUCUGAUAGUCAAAUUGAGAGAUUUCAAAUUGAGCAUGUGGAGUGCUUUGAUGACUUAACUGGGAAGAAGAUAAAAUUUAAAACAAUACCCAGGUGGGUUUAAAUAGAUUUAUUUUUAAAAACAAUAUACAGAAAUAUAUAUAUAUACAGAAAUAUAUUUAUAUAGACAUAGAAUCAAUUAUAAAUGCUUCCUGAACAGGCUAUUUAAACGAAUAAAACUCGGAUGCAAUUACAUAGGAAAAUGUUUCUUACUGAUUUUCCAUAGAUUUCCUAUAGUACUUGUGGUUAGAAGAGAAUAGAGAAAUAACAAAAUUAUUAAAUAUACAAAAUGAACUCAAUGAACUCAGUUUCUAACCAGCCCAAAUGGCAUCAUAACACUUUUUCUUUUUCAGUAGUCUCCCUAUUUUGUUUUAGGUGUUACAUUUCUGACCUCCUUCAACAGUCUUAGAUCUCUCAAAAUGUGUGUUCCCGUUUGCAACACCCUGUGUUUGUUAUAUUGUUGUGAGAGGGUUAUUAUACAUUUUUUAUUUGACAAGGAGUGAUUUCAGAUUCUGGAUGAUUUAUUUUCAGGCCUUCUUAACCAGAUGAAUUAGCCAUACACACCACUUCGGAGCCAUAGUGAGGUUUUUUAAUAUCCGUAUGAGUUUGAUCUCAUUCUUGUCUGUACUGUGUUAUGUGAAUAAGGCAGCUGUUCAGUCAAGUGUGUUCUGCUGUAAUUCUCCACAAACUCCCUUUGAACAAUAAAUAUAAUUUCUUUGCUGAGAAAA